AUGUCGAACUUUCCUGCAGAAAUUAUUCUCUUUAUCUUUAUGUCAAUUCUUUUUACAGUAGCCUCUUAUGAAAUCAAAAAAAGAUUUUAUGUCCCUGUAUCGCCUUGCUUGCUAGUAUUUGGGACUUUAGCUAGGGUUAUAGGGACAUAUUUUGGAGAUUUAGGGCCUACAGUGUCAUUGCUUGAUGACCUUGACCCUGUAAUAGUCCAGCUUGCUGUAAUGCCAGCAUUGAUAUUUGAAGCUUCCCUAGGCACAGAUUGGUAUACCUUUAAAAAAAUUUUUUGGCAAAUAUUACCAAUGGCGACUACAGUGGUCUGCUUAACCUCAUUUCUUACUGCAUGUGUAUUAAAAUACAUGAUGACUUAUGAUUUUGGCUGGAAUGAAUCAUUAAUGCUUGGAGUAAUUUUAAACGCAACUGACCAUGUCGCGGUCAUGGCGAUGCUAAAAGAGCUUAGAGCUAAUGACAGGUUUGAAACUUUACUAGGUGGAGAAACAUUAUUAAAUGAAGCGACAGUUGUCGUAUUUUUUAAUAUUUGCUUACUGAAUUUCUGGAGUGAUUGAAAAAAUUUUAUUAUUUUGAAAAUUAGCCAAAAAGCAAAUUUUUUUUCUAAUAUAUAUAAUAAGUAAAUACUAUUUUAUUAAAGAUAUUAAAUUUAGACAUGAAUUUAGAAAGAAUAUAAAUUUUAUGUUAUUCUAUGAAAUUCGAAACAAAAAAAUGAACCUCCUAACGAAUGAGAAGAAAAAUUUUCCUCAUUAACUGAGCACGGAGUUAGAUAGUGCAGUUGGAGAAGUAUUAUUAUUUCUUACGAGUUUUCCUAAAAAUACCUUUAUUUAAUUUUUCUGGAAAAUUCCAAUAAAUUUACUAUAAAAGUUUCUGACCGAUUUGUCUCAUUUUUUCAAUUGACCUUAGGAGGCCUCGGACUUGGCCUUGGGUUUUCAUUAGCAUUGGCAUGGUCUAUUAAAAGAAUAGUCAACGACAUGAGUCAAGAAAUUAACCUUACUGUAGUCACCGCCUAUGUGCUAUUUUGGCUUGCAGACCACAAAGCAGGCUGCUCUGGAGCUUUAGCUGUAGUUACCCUCGGUCUUUUUAUGUCAUCAUACGGAAAAACCUUAAUAAGCCCAUUAGUAGAAAAAAGUUUACAUGACUUUUGACAUAUAACUGGGGUAAAUAUGGAAGCUAUCGUAUUUAUUCUCGCAGGGAUGCUUUUGGGUAUGCUUAUUGCAGAUACCAAUAACCUCGGAAUUAACGAGGUUAGCAUGCUUCUUGCCCUAUUUGUGCUGCUUCAUAUAGUAAGAGGUAUCGUUGUAUGGAUCCAUUUCCCUAUCCUUAAGCGGCUCGGAUAUGGGUUGAGUAUUAAAGAAGCAUUUAUUAUGACUAUUGCAGGAAUAAAAGGCGUUAUUGCCACUGCACUUGCCCUGAUAGGCUACCAUCACUCUGAUUUAAAUGAAAGGUUUAGAUCACUCUUAUUGUUUUUUACAAUAGGAACUGUGGGGUUAACUAUCCUUGUGGACAGUUUUGCAGUGAAAUUUUUUGUAAGAAAAUUUGGGAUGGAUACUUUAAGUGAGGUACAAGAAAAUAUGAUGCUGGGGGUAACAACUGCAGUGUUACAACAGACUGCGAAAAAGGUGGAAAGGAUUAGGUCGCUCAAAGAGUUCAAUUUGGUGAAAUGGGAUGAAGUUAUGAAUUUAGCGGGACCGAAAUGUCUGCUGAACCAAAUAAUGAAGCAGACUAAGGUUGGGAAAAAAUUAUGAUAUGAUAUAAUAAUUAAUAAAAAUUUUUUAUUUUUUUGGAAAUAAUCCAAAUUUAUGGAGAUAAGAAUAUUGAAAAAAUACCCUCAUGAUACUCCGGAAGAGUUAUUAGAAAAAUAUGUGAAAAAAUUCAAUUUGACUACAAGUGUGCUUACUACUGAGACACGCAGAAGAUUUUUUACUACGUUAAAAGGGAUUUAUUGGCAUGAAUUUGAAGCUGGACAAUGCUUAGGGUAUACAGUUUUAAUUUUAAUUGACUCUUGCAACCAGGCUCUUGACGUUGAAAAUUCUGCUAUGUGUGAUUGGGAAAUCCUUGAAAAAGAAAUUUAUAACCCAAAACUCAUGAAUUUUUUAAGAAUUUCUUCAAAAAUACCUAUUAUUGGAAGACUUUUUAAAUACAUUUUGUAUGAAAGAAUCACAUUAACAUAUGAUGCUGCAUCAACAUUUAUAAAAUCUCAUGAAGAAGCUCAGGAACUUAUAGACCAAAUGGAAAUUGAUAUAGACGAACUGAUUUUUCAUGAAGUCAUGAAAGAGUCACACAUCCAAAUAGAAAGCUGCAAAGAGUUUAUAGGGACUCAUAUAACAGAAAAUUAUCCUGAAGUCAUUGCAGAAGUCCAGUCAAAAAUGGCUUCUCAUACACUUUUACUAUCACAAAGAAAACUUAUCAGUAAAAUUUACCAUCAAGGUGUUAUUAAGAAGGUAGAAUAUGACCAUUUAUUGACUGCAAUUGACCAUAACAUGAAAAGAUUGACUUUUCAGUCGACUCCUCAUGUGCCUUCUAUUAAAGAAAUGCUUAAAAAUCGCUUCCGCAAAGCGAAAGCCAAAGAUAUAGAGCAGCUGCUUCCUUAUAUAGAAGAAAAGCAUUUUCAGCCUGAUGUGAUGCUAUUUGAAGAAGGGCAGCCUAUAAAUGGUGCUUAUCUGAUAUUUAAUGGAAGAGUUAGGGAAUUUGGAAAUUGCAUAAAUAAAGAACUUUCUAUAGGAAACAUCGCUGGAGUCCACCAUUUGCUUGUAAAUUGCCGUGGGAAUACUACAACUGCUGUUACUUUAAGUGUAGUUUAUGCUGCACUUAUUCCACCUUGAAUAAGUGAAAAGCAUGUAUUUAUGGAAGAUUUGUAUAAAGAAGCAGCUGAAGAAGUUUUAUUACUAAAUAAAGCCAAAUUAGGCUUAGAAGAAGCAAAAAAUGAGCACAUUUGCAGGGUCGCCCAAAGAUCAAUUGUUAGACACGUGCAUGAAGGCUCAUUUAUUGACCUAAGAAGAGGUGCGCUUGUAUUAUGAGGAAGAGUAAAAAAGGAUAAAGAAGAAUUCUCAUUGCUUCCACCAACCAAAAAGAUUAUCCAAAGUGCUGACGAAGCUAUAGUAAUGCUGUUUCCAGCCCAUUUCGGAGGCAUCCUAAAGCAGCAUAAGUCAAUAUCAGCUGCUUUUGCAAGCUAUUAUAUCCGCUCAGCUUCAAAAAAUGUAAACUUAAACAUCAAAAAUCCUGCUUCAGAUGAGCUGCAAGGCCUUAACACUACCUUAAAGCUUCAAAAACGUGAGGUGCUUAGGACGAAAACUGAUGAAGAAAAAGACUAA